UGCAACUCACGUGCCGUUCGCUUGCUCACAUGUGAGAGAAGGUGCUUGAGGCGAAUUGCUCGCAAGGAGGGAAGUAAUUAUAGUCUGUCUGUGUGUCUGUCUAUCUGUCUGUUUAAUUAAUUAAAUAUCAAUUUUGUGUCUGUCUGUCUGUCUGUGUAUGUAUGUCUUUGUGCUAUUUGUGUCUUCGACUUGCUGUUUCGAGGACAUCCGGACACUUGUAGUCACGAGACCGGAAGUGCCGAGCGUACCCUUGCAGUGCCGGAUCCAACCACGCGUACUGUACGUACAGUACAUAGCCACAGAAUGGAAGCGCACCACAUAUGGGACUCUAUUCAACACUUUACAGCCGGUGCAAUCGGAGGAGGAGCUUCUGUUGCUGCAGGUCAACCAUUUGACACGGUAAAGGUGAAGAUGCAAACAUUCCCUCACCAUUUCCGCAGUUUAUCCCAGUGUCUGUUCGUCACGUUGCGCAGAGAGGGUCUGCUCCGCGGGUUGUACGCCGGCUCUAUUCCAUCCCUGUACGCAAACAUGGUGGAAAAUGCGGUGCUCUUUCUUUGCUAUGAACAAUGCAAACGAGUCAUGUCUUGGGUAUCUGGAGGUGAUGGAGUGUUGCAAAGAGCAUGCGCAGGUGCCAUGGCUGCAGGGAUUAGCACCAUUGUCUUGUGUCCUUUUGAGCUGUUGAAGUGCAGACUGCAGGGACAACAGCAGCUACUUGAUAGAGCAUCAGAGCUGAAAGCACAAACUGUUCGAUCAAAAAUUGGUGUGUGGUCAAUGUUCAAAAAUAUCGUAGCAACUGAAGGCAUUGCAGGCCUUUAUCACGGACUCAGUCUACUGAUGAUUCGAGAAGUACCCGGCUACUUUCUGUUUUUUGGCGGAUACGAAGGAAGUCGACAGUUGCUUACACCCGACGGCCAAACCAUAGAAGAUCUAGGACCACUACCAUUAUUUCUUGCAGGUGGUAUCGCUGGAGUUUCAUUUUGGUUGCCCAUGUAUCCCGUCGAUGUCGUCAAAUCAAAGUCACAAGUUGAAGGUUUGGCUUUUCCGUUUCUCAAAACUGCCAGAAAUAUUAUUCGUACAGAAGGGUUGGUAGGUUUGUAUCGCGGGCUGUUGCCUUGUCUAGCACGAGCGUUUCCUGCCAAUGCCGUACUUCUGCUUGCUUAUGAACUAACUAACAAGUUGUUUCACCAUGUGAAGUCUAGCUGAUGUAAUGUCUAACUCUCUUGAAUUCAAUGUAUUAUGGUUUAAAUUGA